AUGGGAGUUUGGUGGCCCAACGUCUGGGCUGACUGCACUAAGUUCGUUCAGCGUUGUGUGGAUUGCGCAGCCUACCACGGCGUCCCAGAGCGAACAGCCCAUAGGCUGAACGAAAGCGCACUGAAAUUUCGCGACAAGUACGUGAUGGAUUUUCAGGGGCCGUUCAAGAAAACCAAGCGGGGCAACCUUCACUUCUUUACCUGCGUUGACAGUGCAACCAUGUGGUUCUGGGGACGACCUACUGCAGCAAAGGAUGCUGGUACUGUGAUCAAGAUCCUCCGUGAAAUCUUCCUUGAAUUUGGUGCACCAAGAAUCAUUCGUGCUGACAACGGUUUUGGUUUUUCAGAGGGAUCAAGGAUCAAGAAGUUUCUUCGCGCUGAGUUUCCCAACACGCGGUUGGUGCUAGGAACUGCAUACAACCCGAAGUCGCAGCAGGCUAUAGAGCGA